AUGGGCUCUCCUCUCUGGGGUCAGCGCUCCUGGCAGCCCUGGAGUGCUGCUGGGUCUUUGUGGGACUGGGCUGCAUCCAGACUACACCUGGGCUGGACAGCAAGGUUUCUUCAAGAAGACGAUGAGAUGCUGGUUCUGACCCAAAGCGAUGAGUUGAACAGAGUUUAUUGUGAGGACAUCAGAUUUCCGCUUGACGACACAUCAAGGGAGAGCAAUGCAUGUUAUGUUGACAGUAGAGGAAAUAGAAGUGAAAACAGUCCGGUGUGGACCGACAGAGAUAAUCUGGAGGAACCUCUUUCCAACACGAUGCCAUCCAGCAGCGCUUUUCAGCAAGGCUUCAAAGAAACCAGAGCUACUUUCGACUUCUCUCAAAAUAAGGCCAUUACCAUAACAUCAGCUGUUUCUACUGCCACAGACUCCCCUUUCGCCAAAACCACCAGGAAUAGUGCCAAAGAAAGAAGGUCUCGUGUGACGCAAACGGGCAAACCGAGACGUGUGAUUGACGACAGCCCAAAUUUCAGCAAGAAAAGACCCUACAGGCUUCAGAGAGGUGAUGUGGAAGGACAUAGUAGAAAGGACAAAGAAGGAAGAGAGGAAACAGUAGAAGAAACUCCUCCAAACUGUAAAAAUCUUGAAAAAGACAAAGCCAACGUCACCUUGACUUCUCCGUUUCACAGCUCUAAAGCCAACACACGUCUGAAUGAUCCCCCAACCAUCACUGCCUGGGAGGCCGGCUGGAACGUCACAAACGCCAUACAGGGCAUCUUUGUGCUGGGUCUGCCCUUUGCCCUGGUGCAGUCGGGCUACGUGGGCCUUGUCCUGCUGAUCGUGUCUGCGUGGGUCUGUAACCACACCGGAAGGAUCCUGGUGGACUGUUUGUAUGAGGAUGCACAAAGUGGAGCAUCCGGCUUGGUGUCAAAGGUCCGUGUCCGACACAGCUACCAGGACAUCAUGGAGGCCUGCUGCAGAGGGCUGUGGCCAAAGUGGUCUGGAGUGGGAGGAUGGAUGGUUAACAUCGCUCAGGUUAUUGAACUAUUGAUGACCUGCACCCUGUACCUACUGGUUUCCACCAGUCUGCUGUCUGACAGUCUGUCUGGGCUGGCUGUGCCUCGAUCGGUGUGCUCGCUGGGCUCGCUGCUGUUUCUCCUGCCCUGCCUGCUCCUGACUGAUCUCAGACCAGUCUCCACCCUCAGCCUGCUCUGCUCGCUGGCUCACAUACUGAUCAGCCUGCUGGUCAUGUUGUACUGCCUGAGUCGAGCCAGCGGCUGGUCGUGGUCCGUUUUGUCUCUGUCUGUGGAGCCGGAGGACUUCGUCGUCUCGGUGGGCGUCAUCAUCUUCUCCUACACCUCGCAGAUCUUCCUCCCUCCACUGGAGGGCAGUAUGGAGGACAGGGGGCAGUUCAGCGUCAUGCUGGGAUGGACCCACGGCGCUGCGUGCAUCAUGAAAACUCUGUUUUCACUACUGGCCGUGUUGACCUGGGGGGCAGAAAUCAAAGAGGUCAUCACCGACAACCUGCCCUCUGACCUCCGACCUCUUGUCAACCUGUGUCUCCUAGCGAAGGCCCUUCUGUCCUACCCUCUGCCGUUCUACUCUGCAGCAGAAAUCCUGCAGACCUGCGUUCUGAGAGAUGCUGCUGUGUCGUCUUACUCCAAACCCGGACGUCGAGGCGUGUCCCGAGCGGCCCUGGUGGUGCGUGGCGCCCUGUUGAUGACGUCGUACCUGCUGGCCUUGCUGGUGCCCAGGUUCUCCCUGCUGAUGGGCCUGACCGGCAGUGUGACUGGGGCGGCCAUGACGCUCAUCCUGCCCUGCCUGUUUCACCUCAGACUGCAGUGGGGGCGCCUCACAGCGGGGGGCCGCCUGAUCGACGUGGGCAUCCUGAGUCUGGGGCUCAUCUGCAGUGUGUGUGGGGUGAUCUGUUCAGUGAAAAGACUGCUGGAGGGACUGUAG